AACUGAAAAAAUAAAAGAAAUAACUUCACAAAGCAAAUUUUCUAUGCAAUUAAAUAAUGAAGAAAACGGAAAUAUACAAAAAAUAUAAGAAAAUAUACUGAAAGAAAGCCAAUAAGAUAUGAUUCCUUAAGUAAAAUAUUACAAAUACGGACUUCCUAUUCCAAAUAUAGAUCCACAAAUAAAAGGAAUUGAAGAAAUUUUUGAAAAAAAAAAAUAUGAGAUUGUUACACCUAACUAACGUUUAUGGAAUGUUUUAAAUCUAAAUGAAAAUACACCUUAUGAAGCAUAUUAAAUGGCUUUAAGGCAUAAAUACAAUAAUGAAAUAGAUAUGUAUGGUGAUAUAGAAGACGAAGUUUCAAUCAGAGAAAUUUAAUAAAAAGAAUAUGGUAAUUUAGUUAUUCCUAUUAAUUUUUUAGAAUGUACAGAAUAUAUGGAUAGAAUGAAAAGAAAUGUCAGCAUAAAUUUUAAUAUUCCAGGAACUUUAGAAAAUGAACAUCCGCAUAAAUUUAUUUAAAAUUUAAGACCUUUAUAAGAAUUUAGAAACACUCCUCUAAUUCCUAUUAGCGAAAAAUAAAUGUAGGAUCAUCAAAAAAAAAUGGAAGAAUAUAAUAGAAAGGGUUUUUAUUUUGAAGUUAAAAGAGAUACUAUUUAUAAUUGGAUUCUUGCUUUUUUUGCUUUUAGUGUUGGUUUUUACAUGAUUAGAUUAGUUAUAAAAAAAGAAGAAGAACAAGGAAUUGAAGUUGAAAGAAUUAAAAUUAGGAGAAUUUAAUAAAAUAAUUAUAAUUAUAGAUGAAUAAUAUAGUUAAUUUUUUUUCCCAGUUUUUUUAUAGAUUUUGCUAUUUUUUUCAAAAUAUUGAUUUUAAAAUAUAAAUUGGUUUAUA